GCUGUAUACGCUGAAUCAACUAUUAUUGAGGAUGAAAAUUUGAGGGCUCUACUGGUGUUGUGUACAUUAAUGGCAGUAUCGAACUCAGUCAUCACAAAAAGAGGCAAAGGCAAGGGCAAAGGAAAAAAAAGAACCCAUGAAGAAAGGGAUGAAUCUCCUGUGCCUGUUAGAAGUUCUAUGUUUCCUAAUAAAGAUUUAUUAAAAACUGUCGCGGAUGGAACAAACCUGAAGAAUUAUGCUACCGAAUUAAAAAAACGCCAAGUUACAAACAUUCAGCCUUAUCUAAUACUAAUGAAGGGCCAAGAUUGUGAAUCUUAUUUUAUUGAAGGCGAUAAUUGGUUUAUCGAUGUAAACCAAAACAGUACUCCAAUUGCGGCUUUUAAUAUACUAUAUAAACUUUUUUAUGUUUUAAAUCUUCAGUACCCGAACAGUCUACAAAAUUUUUAUAAUUUUAUUGAUUGUUACAUUUUUAAAAUGAAAAAUGUUAAACCGAGGUCUGUGGUAUCAUCACUACAUGUCACGUUAAGUGAUAUUUUACAAAAUAAUGAUGAGAAGGAUGACAGUUUGUCCGAUUAGUUUUAAAA